UUAGUUCGGACUAGUGUGCGUGCACACGGCCGCAUAUUUCAGCAGUACAGUGUUUCUGACAGGAGACACAAUUAGCCAACGCCGGGGCUGUUUAUGGGGACUCUGUCCAACUAGGUGUAGCAAUUAGCUGAAGUCUGUCUUUCAUCUUUGAGUGAGCAAUGUUAUGAGGUUUUAAUGCAUUCAUCUUUCUGCAUCACGCAGCGCUGUUUGCCUGCAUCCUAUUUCAAAAUGAUAGGUCAGUGUUUCUGUUCAGUGUAACCUAAUAUCCCGAGGUCAUCCAGGGUGCAUUGUAAAAUGGAUUUUCUACAGUUAAACGUAACUGUAUCAACACUACUGGAGUUUAUCAAAACCCCAAUCAAUGGCUCUGAACAAGCCAUAAAGGCAUCAGUGGAAGUUAACAACGCUACCUGUUGCAAUGCAUCGCUCAUCCCGCGUCCCCGAGCAGGGCAGAAAGAGAUGGACUCGGUGCGCAUCCUGCUCUACACGCUCAUCUUCCUCCUCAGCGUCUUCGGGAACCUGCUCAUCAUCGCCGUGCUGACACUCAACAAGCGCAUGCGCACUGUCACCAACUGCUUCCUGCUCUCGCUGGCCGUCAGUGACCUCAUGCUGGCCAUCUUCUGCAUGCCCUUCACCCUCAUCCCCAACUUGCUCCAAGACUUCAUCUUCGGCGCUGCCAUGUGCAAGAUCGUCACCUACUUCAUGGGUAUUUCCGUCAGUAUCUCUACCUUCAGCCUGGUCGCCAUAGCGAUCGAGAGGUACAGUGCCAUCUGCAACCCGCUCAAGUCGCGCUCCUGGCAGACACGUUCCCAUGCCUACAAGGUCAUCGCGGCAACCUGGGUCGUCUCUGUGAUCAUCAUGGUUCCGUAUCCGGUGUUCAGUCAGCUGGUGCCGUUCCGCAAAGCCAACAACUCCACGGGCCACAUGUGUCGACUGGACUGGCCCAGAGGGCACGUGGAGCAGACCUGGUACAUCCUGCUUCUGCUGGUGCUGUUCCUGAUCCCUGGAGUGGUGAUGAUGAUCGCCUACGGCCUCAUCUCCCGGGAGCUCUACCGGGGCAUCCAGUUCGAGCUGGAGCAGAAGAAUGAGGCCUCUGGGAUGAAAAAUGGCCUGAAUGGUGUUGUCUCUCCAAGUGGCAGUGGCAGUGGCAGUGGCAGUGGCGGCACUGGCAGUGACGAAAGCGACGGCUGCUACAUCCAGGUGCCCAAGAAGGGCGCGGCGGUGGCCGGCAACUCCAUGAAGCUGUCGCCUCUGACCGCUCCACCCCGUGCGCCCGAGCGGCCACGCUCCAACACAUCCGAGGCCAAGCUGCUGGCCAAGAAGCGUGUCAUUCGCAUGCUGUUGGUCAUCGUGGCCAUGUUCUUCAUCUGCUGGAUGCCGCUGUACUCGGUCAACACAUGGAAGGCGUUUGACUUGCGCUCGGCCCACCGCGCCCUCUCGGGCGCCCCCAUCUCGCUCAUCCACCUGCUCUCGUACACCUCGGCCUGUGUCAACCCCAUCAUCUACUGCUUCAUGAACAAGCGCUUCCGCAAGGCGCUGCUCAGCACCUGUGCCGGGUGCCUGUGCCGCCGGGCGUUGCCGUGCCCGGGCCAUGGCGCCAGCAGAAAGGGCCGUGGGCCCGACGAUGACGUCACUGUCAUGACCACAGGCAUGUCCAAGGUCAGCUACAUGUCGGUCAGCACGGUGAUUCCACCCUAGAAGGCAUGGGUGGUGGAGGGAGUGAAAAAAUAACUGUUUGCCCCCAAUGACUCCUCAAGUUUAUUUUAGUUUGUUUAUUUAUUCGAUUGGCUGUCACUGCAUUUUUCUAGUCAGCAUUUCUCAUGUCAGACUUCUGAUAAGAUAGUUGACUAUGGUCUUGGCUUUGUCUUUUCUUUCUUCAAUGUGUUUCAGUCUAAAUUAAUGUGUUAAAUGGUUGUUGAUGAGGGUUUUGAACUGUCCUCUUUUCUAUUUGCUUCUGCUGCUAGUUUCUCCUAUUUUGUGUGACAAAUUCAACCUGAGGAGAGUUGGCUUUUAGUCGUCUGAUUCUGCUGUUCAAUAUUCUUGUAUUAAUGUUGUGAUCUCUGUGCUAAAACUAACAGCUACAGGAUUUUUGUGGAUUCUGUGCAUUUUAAGUUUAUUUCUGCUGUAUAAAUAAUGUUUAAUCCACCAUCUAACCAGAAAAAAACAGUUCUAUAUUCACAUCAAUACAGGUUUACAAGCCCUAAAUAUAUACUUUUACCUAUUGAGCUGUAUAAUUCUUAUGGACAUCACGACUUCAUGACCAUUUUGCAUGGACAGGCUUGACCACACAAAGCAAGCUCUCCCUCUCGCUGUGCUGGACUACAGAUGGAGCUGCUGGCGGGGGCAGCACUCUGUUCCAUUCACUCUGAUCUC